AUGGCGUUCGCGCGGGCCCCGCUGCGCCGCUUCAACGACACGGCCGUGUGUCUUCUGCUGCCAGGAUCCUGCGAUGUCAAAUCUUCAGAUACAGCAAGAGGUUCCUUGGUGUCUGAGACUCAUGGACGGGUUAGGAGGCAGACGAUUGCAACAAACCUGAGCAAUGAGAAGAAUAUGUCUACUCCUCUAAUGGGAAGGAGACUUCGAUCUCUUGAAUCAAUACCAGCCAGUGGGAGUUCCAAGCCCAGAAGAGAUCAUAUGCUUAUGAAAGAGAAAAAGAAGCAGAAGACACUGGAGAAGGAGAUCCGUGCUUUAGUGAGGGAGCGUGGAGAACAGGAUAAAAAACUUCAGGCUUUGGAUGAAGAUUUUGCCAAGACUGAAGCCAAGUUGACUGCUGCAGUGCAAGAGAAAACAUCUCUUUUGGCAAAUGUAGCAUGCCUGAGAAAACAGCUUCUUGAACUAACAAGAACCAAUGAAUUAUUAAAAUCAAAGCUGUCUGAGGAUGGCAUGCAGAAGAAAAUGAGCAGCCUAUGCUUGGAGUUAAUGAAACUCAGAAACAAGAGAGAUGCCAAGGAAAAGACUGCUCUUGCAAAGCAGGAAGAUAUGGAAAUGAAGCUGCAGGAAAUACAGAGGAAUCUAGAACAUUCAAAAGGAAAAGUAGCACAGUUAGAAGAAAAAUUAUGUGCUACUGAGAAAGAAAAGAUUGAAGAAAAGUCUGAUACUGAAAAGCUCCUAGAAUAUAUCACAGAGCUCAGUAGUGUUGCAGAAACAGCAGAAAAAUACAAACUGGAUCUUGCCCAGAUGGAAGAGAUGCUGAUAAAGAAAGAUGAAGACAUGGGGAUCCUGAGGGCUUCUCUUAAAAGCAAGGAAGAAGAGUCAUUUAAACUGAUGAGAGAACUUAAUGAAAGGUGUCAGCUGCUUGAACAGGAAAAAGAGAAAGAGUCUUCUGAGAGCAGGGAGAAAUACCAGAGUAUGACAGCUGAAAUAGAAGACCUGAAAAAAAAAAUUCUCUUAGAAGAGCAAGAGCACCAAAACUUGCUUAAGAAACAAGAGGAUCUUCUCUCUCAGCUGCAAGAAGAAAGGGAAUCCUCUGCAUCGAUGCACCAGAAGUUACUAGAUUUUCAAGAAGAGGUAACAAAGGAGAGGCUUUUCCUCGAAAAAGAGCUGAAAGGGGCCAUGGAUGAGCUGGAUAAGUUGCAUGCAAAGGAGAAGAAAGCUGAGAAGCUGGUGAAGCAGUUGGAACAUGAAACCAAAUCUCAAGCUUCUGAGAUUGCUCAAAUGGAAGCAAAAUUGAAAGGGAAGAAUGAUGAUUUGGAGCAACUUGGAGAAAUGCACAGGAAAGCUAUCUUGCAAAUCCAGGAAGAGCACAGCAACACACUGCAUAAGCUUGGAAAGACUAUUGCUGAAUUUGAAAGUUACAAAAAAACAACAUCUGAGGAAAUAGCCAGUCUUAAAUGGGAGAAUACCUCCCUGAAAGGAGAGGUUGCCAGCCAGAAAAAAGUAGGCGAAGAUACUUUACAGUUACUUCAGGAAGCAGAAUACACUGGAAGCAAAGCAAAAGAAGAAUGUGCGAGGAUGCUUUUAGAAGCCCAGACAAAGCUGGCACUGAAAGAAACAGAAAUGGAGAGAACCAAGGAGUGUUAUCUGGCAGAAAUGACUAAACUUCAGGAAAAGCUGGAAGCACAAGCUGAAGACCUGAAAAAUCUUGAAGAGGAAAGAUACAGGAAAAACACAAAUGAAGAUGUGAACUCCAGCUUAAGAGAAGAGAUAAAGACCUGGCGGACUCUUUAUGAAGAUUUGCAUAACAAAACCAAGCCUUUUCAGCAACAAUUAGAUGCAUUUGAAGCAGAGAAAAAUGCUCUCUUAAAUGAGCAUGGUGCAGCUCAAGAAGAACUGAAUAAACUGAGUGAUGCCUAUGCUAAACUGCUUGGCCAUCAGAACCAGAAGCAAAAAAUCAAGCAUGUCAUGAAACUGAAGGAGGAAAAUACACACCUGAAACAGGAUGUCUCAAAACUGCGUGCGCUACUAGCAAAAGAGAAGCAAACAAGUAGAGAUCUUCAGGAGCAGCUUCAUGCAGUUCAGGGCAUUAGAAGGUUUGAUCGCUCUAAAGCUUUCCAGCAUGACAGCAAGGAAAAUAUUCCUCCCAAAACCCCCCUUAAAGAAGGUAAUAGAAACCAAAGUUAAUCUCCUGGUUUUA